AUGGAAGGUUCCGAGAGCUCGAAAAGGAUAGCAUCUGUAAAGAAAAAAGAGGCAGAAGCCCAUAUGGUGGGAACUGAGAGCCACCACACUUCUAAUCCUUACCCAGUCCAGCCACGACCUCGAUAUCGCCCAUCUCUAAACUUUUAUUAUCCACCUCAAAGCCCAUACUAUCAAGCACCUCCUCCUUACCUCGUCUACACCACAGAUAACCAAAUACCAUUUUCCAUGUUCCCACCAAAUACCAUGCCUGCUCAAAACCAACCCAAAAAUGAACAAAGACCGACAAGAUCCAAUCUUGAAAAACCCCAGUUCACCCCAAUUCCCGUGUCAUACGGAGAGCUGUACCCAAAACUGUUGGAAAAACAAUUAAUAUCCCCACAUUAUAUGGCACUCCUGAAGCCUGCAUACCCAAAAUGGUACGAUCCUAAUGCCAGUUGCAUGUACAAUACCGAAAACCAGGGGCAUUCUACAGAAAAUUGUCUAGCCUUUAAAAGGAGGGUUCAAGGUCUUAUCGAUGCAGGUAUUUUACAAUUUAAUGGUGCUGGCAAUACGACUAGAAAUUCGCUACCUAACCACACUGAAGGAAACGUGAGCGCGUUGAUGAAAGAAGACAGGUGGCCUGCCAAAAGUUGUGUUUCUGAAAUAAAGACACCACUGCGAAAGAUUUGGGAGGUAAUGGUUGAAAAGAGGCUGUUCUGUCACCCCAAAAGAAUUUUCAAAGAAGGAAAUAGAAAAAGUCAGUGUUUUUGUGAUUUUCAUGGGAUCGAGAGGCACGACAUUCAGUCUUGUAAAGGAUUUAGAAAACUACUUCAAGACAUGAUGGACAAUAAGGAAGUCGGGAUCUUAAACAAAAUAAAAGAGGACGAUGAAGGAGAAGUAUGCACUUCUGAUAAUCAGUCAUCAGGUUUUCCUUAUAGUGCCGAUCGACUAUUGGUGAUUUAUUACUAUACAAAAAAGGAGCAAGUGAAACCAAAGAUGAUAAUUGAAGUACCAUCUCCUUUCCCUUACAAAGACAACAAGGCAGUACUAUGGAAAUAUGAUGUCAACAUUAUCAUACCUAAAGGUGAAAAAUCUAAAGUCACAGCCGAAAAUGUUGGAGAAGUAGGACACUUCACCAUCAGCGGGAGGUGUUACUCUAAAGUGGUCAAACCAAUGGAGAAGACUAAUGACUUGAAGCAGAAAGGAAAGGCACCGAUGCAUGAGGCUGAGGUCAUGGAACAGUUAAGCAAACAAGAAGUUAAAAGGCCUGUGAAUGAAGAGGAAGCACAUGAAUUCUUGAAGUUCAUCAAACAUAGUGAAUAUAACUCGUGGAACAGUUAA